UCUCAGUGUUAUACCGUCUGCAGACGGAAUGAGUAAUGAGUAUGUUCUGUGUCAUCAUGUUAGAUUGAUUUUAAUAAUGAUGGAAAGCUGGAUUUGGAUUAUUCUGGUUGUAAUGCCAGGAACUUUAAGUGCCUAUUCAGUGACUUUUGAAACCCCAAAUGUGUGUGCUGUGAGAGGAUCAUCGGUGGAGUUCAGGUGCUCGUACAACUACACAGCUGCGGAAACUGUUCUGAAGACUGAAUGGUCCAAGGGUGAAUUAAAAGAUGGAAAGUGGACACGGAUUGAGCUCUCAAAACUGAUUUUGUAUGAAAAUCGUACUCAAUAUAUUGGAGACCAGUUGCACGACUGUAGCCUGGCAAUUCAUGACCUGCAGGAUAAUGACACUGGAUAUUACUACUUCAGGUUUGAUACAGAGAGAUAUGGAUGGCGAAGUAAGAAAUCAGUGUAUCUGUAUUUCACAGACCUGAAAGCCAGAGUGAACCCAAACCCUGUGAGACGAGGAGACAAUGUGAUUCUUGAAUGUGGGACAUCCUGCCAACUUUCCACCGCAGUGUGGUUCAAAGAUGGACAUCCAGUAGCAAAACCAGAGUUCCAGGCCCAGACAGAGGAUGCUGGGAAAUAUUCAUGUGCUGUCAAAGGACAGGAGUCUGUGCAGUCAGACCCUGUGGCGCUGGAUGUUCAGAGUCCUCCAUUGAAUGUUUCUGUUGAGCUGAGUCAAUCUGGACAGCUGUCAGAGGGCAGCAGUGUGAAUCUAACAUGCAGCAGUGUAGCUAACCCUGCAGCUGAUAACUACACCUGGUACAAGAGCACAGGUUCUCCCAGCUCCAGCUCCCAGCUGCUGCAGGUGGGCUCAGGACAGGUGCUGUCUAUUCCCUCUGUGGAGGCGUCCCACACCGGACUCUACCUCUGCCAGGCCAGGAACCGUCUGGGGGAGAACAACUCAACCAAGGUGCUGCUGACAGUGGACUCAUCAGACAUUCAGCGUGUCAUCCUCCUUGUUGGUAUUGGAGUCAAAGUUGUUAUAAUACUGUUACUUCCACUGGUGAUUGUAUGGAUUUGGAGGCGUUGCCUAAAGUCUGCUGUGGACGAAGAGGAGCACAGCCACGAUUACGAAAAUAUCAGCACCCAGCCAGCGGGCCAAAAAAACAGGGUUACACAGAGGGAAAUGCCUGCUUAAAGGAAUCAGAGACGGAUGAUGACAUUUUAUU